AUGGCUCCAAGACAGUCCAAGACAGCAAAGAGAAGUGCCACUCAAAAUAAAACAAGAUCCAUCGAAUCUGAAGUUUUCAAAGAUUCUCAAGCAAGAAAUAGAUUGGGUUUUACAUCAAAUCAAACUGAAAAAGCUAGAGUUAGAAAACCAAGUAAAAAAGAUGUUAAAAAAGAACAACAAAAGAUAAGGCUUUAUGGUAAAAAACCUCAACAGAAAGUAUAUGAUGAAAAAGAUCUUGAUAUUCCAGUUUUAAAUAGAGCUAUAACUCCAGGUGUUAAAAGAAUUAGAGGUAAAAAGGGUAAAAAAUUUGUUAAUGAAGAUCCUGAAGAUUCAACUCAAAUAAAUAGAAUUAUAAAUGAAGUUAUCUUAAAAGAUGAAAAAAGAGAUUAUUCUAAAUUAGAAAAAGCUCAAAAAUUAGAAGAAAUUAGAGAAUUAAAGAAGAAAGAAAUUGAAGAAAAAGAAUUGAAAAAACAAAAUAAAUUAGAAGAUAAAAAAUCAGAAUUGAAAAAUAAAGCUUCAAAAGCAAGACAAGAUAGAAGAAAAAGAGCUAAAAUCUUAUCAAAACCUUCAGUUGAAGAUGAUUCCGAAACCCCAAAAAAGAAGAAAGUUGCUUUUGCUUAA